AUGACUGAUGUGAUCACCCUGAGCGAUGAUGACUUCAGCCCGCCAGCAGUCUGCAAGCCGCUCAGUUCUCAGCUGCUCUCUGGGCGGGAUGGAGCUGAGAAUGGCCACACUGGACCCCCGGCCGAUCCGCCCGCAGACCGGUCUCCGGGGCGGCGGAACGGCGGCCCCCUGCCUUGCAAGCGCGUCUCGCAGCGGACGAUGGACGACGACGACGUCAUCGAGCUCAACGAUUCGAGCGAGGAAGCGGCCGGCCUGGCGGGGGCGGCCGUCAACGGGCGACAUGGGCGUGUCAAGCGCCGGCUGGAGCCGUCGCUGAGCCCGAGCAGGGCGGACCCGUGCCAGCGCGUCCUGGACGAGCUGUGCGCGCUGCUGCGGCCGCUGCUGGCCGUCGGCGAGGAGCGGAUCGUGCAGCGGCUGCAGCGUAAAUACGCGGCCGUGCUGGCACUCAGCCCGCCACACUCGGGCCGCUGGCGACACAUACUGGGCGUCGCUGAGCAGUGCGCGGCGCAGCUGCGCGCCGAGCCGCGCUCCUGCUUCACCCUGCUGCGCGGCUUCUUCGAGCAGUUGGAUCAGAUCAAGCUGGUGGCGGCGUCAGCUCUCUCGCGUUCCGCCCCGGCGGCGGCGGCGCAGGCGUCGCAAAAGCCGGUGGUGCCAGAGGACCGGCAGCAGAAGGAGGCGCGGCGCCACCGACGCCACGUGGCCAAGUUGGAGAAGACGCUGCGCCGGCUGGAGCGCGAGAUCGGCCGCCGGGAGGCGUGCGAGGUCGACUGGGACGACGGCGCCGAUUCGGCCUACAUGGUGGGCGCUCGACUCAAGCGCCGAUACGUGCAGGUGUACCGCCGCUACUGCCGGCUGGUGGGCGCCGAGGAGGAGACGGAGCGGCUCGGCGCGCCCCGCAUCCGUUUCCAGGGCACGCGCUACCCGGAGAUUAACCGGCGCAUCGAGAAGUUCGUCAACCGCUCUCGCGAGUUCCCCGACUUCAAGGACGUGCUGAGCCAGAUCGAGACGGCGAACCGGCACCAUCGGCUGCUGAUGGGGCCGGGGGCCAUACACGACCAGGCCAAGGACGUGUUCCUGACGCUGGGCAGGCAGCUGCAGCGGCGGCGGCGCGCCGCGCUCGCCGAGUCGAUGGACGCGCUGUGCGGCGCCGACCAGUGGCGUUCCCGGGACCCGGCCGAGGGUGACGCGAGCGUCAGCAGCCGACUGGCAGAGAACGCACAGCGCGGCCGGCGUCGGCUCGAUGACGUCUUCAGCGAGUUUGUGGAGCGACAGGCGAGCGCAGCGGCCGAACGACGGAAGCGGCGCGUCGCGGCCGGUGGCGGCGCCAGCGGCGAGGAGGACCAGGACGAUGACGAGGAGGAGGGGGAGGACGAUGAGGAGGCAGAGGAGUCUGAGGUCACCGAUGACGAGGACGAGGAGGAGCAGGAGCCGGCGCCGGCGUCGGCGCUGGACGCGGCACGGGACCGCGACAGCUCUGAAGACACGGACGGACCCUCAGAGGCAGAAGGACUGCCGGGCUCUGACGAGGAUAUGGCGGGGCCGGCCGGGUCGACAGCGGAGGACGACGAGGCCCCACCCGCAGAGAAUAGCCGGGAGCUUGGCGUGUGCGAAAGGAACGCUUCAAGCGAAGUUAUUGUGCUGCAUUCGAUCAAUGAUGACCAGGUGGCGUGAUGGGCGACGCGGAGCGUGGCACGGGUUUCUAUUUUGCCUGCCAUUUCUGUAAUCGUGCGCACCUCUCCCGCCAUUUGGGUGCGCCCAUGUCUGAUCUGAGGUCAGCCCAUUGACGAUUACCAAGCACUGCUGCGAGCCGGCGGGGCACCCUUCCCGUCUUCGCGCGGGUAGCACUCUGUCCGCCCGGCCCGCGUGUACUGCUCAACCAGGGUAAUAGGGUAACGGUGUCUGCAGUCGCACAUAUUUUCUCCGCAUGCGGCAUUUAUAGAAGGAAAUACACAAAAACUGAAAUGCUUCUCAAACUCACGUAUAGGCUAAGAAUACACAUAAAAACCGCAGUGAUUAUUAAACUCACGUAUGGCUAACGUACCUAAAACAUCCGAGAGAACAAGCAUUUUGUUAUACAACCUGUGAUCGUUUCGCCUGUCACAUCUGUUGUCCUUGCAACUUGAAAUUCCCGGCAGCCGCCGGCUGCUCAUUGUUACGGUUCUGCACACCGCGCGCCCGAGUAUCCGCGCUGCCGUCUCUGCCUCGAUAGCCGCAAGUCUGCGUGCACAUUUUGAUGCCGCCACGCCGCCAUCAGCGGUCCAGUGUAUCGAGUGCUACUGGAAACACUAGGCCAUGGUACACCAGGUGAGCGAACGAGCUGGCGCCCCCUUAUUACUGGAACUGGCCCUUCUG